AUGGGUGUUCAUGGUCUAACAACAUUCCUGCGAGAGAACAAGCGUGUUCUUGCGAAGACUAUCGUGCUGUCUGCUAAUCCAUUGGAUGUCAUCCCAAUUGUGGUAGAUGCAUGGUCUUUUAUCUAUGAGUUAUACGAUCAGUCUCGACUGCCUUGGGUAUAUGGGGGUGAAUACGAUGCAUUUACGCAAUUCGUUGUCCGUAUUGUUCAAGCAUGGAUUGCUGUUGGAAUGAAACUAUAUUUCGUCUUUGAUGGUGCUGCUCCUCAACUAAAGAUACCGACCCUCGUAAGUCGGUUGAAUCAAUCGAAUAUUCAACAUUCCCUUCUGUUUUUUCGCACUUCCUCUGCCUCUCGUUCUACUCCCCGCUUUCUACAUGAAGUUCGCAUUAUUCCCCCCCUUGUAUACCAAGCAUGCCUUCACGCCCUACAAGAGAUUGCUGGUGCAACGUUCAAGCUCGAAAUUCACUUUGCAGAUAAUGAAGGUGAUCCUUAUGCCGUCGAACUAGCUGGAAGACUCGGCGGUUACGUCGUUGGAAAUGACUCCGACUUCGUUAUUCUCAACACAGACCAGUAUCGUGGUUAUAUACCAUUGGAAGAAAUGGUAUGGAUUGCGUCCGUGCUGGAAAAGCCAUUACCUGAUGAGCAAGAUGGCGGGUUCCAGCCGGUUCGCAAAACAAAGACAAGGAACAAGGUCACUAGCGAGCAGAAGGCAUCAAGAGGCCUUAUCCCGCCUGAUAACACAUCUGAUGUCACAUUGUCAUUUUCGGUGUACUCCCCUUCCGCGUUGGCAUCUCAUCUAAACAUUCCUGUUACACUUCUCCCGUUGUUAGGUUCUCUGGUUGGUAACGACUUCUCUAACCAGUCAUCCACGCAAAGGAAUGUUCAGUCAUUGUUCUUCGAAAGGCAUCUAACGUUAUCUCAACGUAUCACUCGAGUGGCGACCACGCUAAAUAGCAUCCUAUCGGCUUCUUCUCAGAAACGAGCGAAGGCAAAACAUCAGGUCGGAAGUGUCAUGGAUCUUAUUGAUAGGACUGUAAACUCGCUGAUGAUUCGGUCACCAUUUUCCGUGGGUUCCGUAGAAGCUGAUGCAGUGGUUGACAGAGUUGUAAACGCCACUCUGCAAUAUGCUAUCGAUAAAUACGAUGGAGACGGUCGGGGUCCCGAAAGUCUUUGGGCGACAGAUAUAUGUGCACUGCAUGAACAGGAUACUUGUCCUCUACCUUCCUUAUUCUCUCGUUCAUUGUUACUCCGAUCGCUCCAGAUUUCGGAACAGAGCAGAGAUAUGGUCACUCCUACCGAACAAAUCCGAGCGAUGUACGUGCAGGCAUAUCGUUCUGGAAAAUUCCAGCCAAAAAUAAUGGACAUUUUGAGUACCGGCACAUACUGGCCUCGCAUUUUCCUUGAAAACCCCGACAUUGAAAAUGUUGGCAGGAGUAUCAGCCGAUCAAUACGCCAGUGGAUGUAUGCUAUCCUUGAGGACGGCUGUGGCCUACCUGAUGCAUCUGAAGAUGUACAAAAUGAAGUUAACGCGAGUGAAGGACCGGAUGAUGAAGAUUCCGAUCAAGAUGAAUUAAUAGACGUUGCUGAAGAGCAUUCUGACGACGAUCUUCUUGCUCCUUUGCGUGGAGAACUAGAGAAACUACGCGGCUCCGAAGACGACGAACUUACUAAAUCUAUACAUCCUCAGUCCAUCUCACCUCGCUCUUGUUCUCGUCCACCUCCGCGUCUUAAGCGUGUUCUAGAGUACACUCGACGAGGUACUCGAGUAGCGUCCGAGGAGGUCAGGGUCCCUGACAUCCGAGAACUCCUGUCAGCACCCUCAUUGGACGUACUUGGUUUAGAAAACUGGGCGCCCGUGCAAUAUAAGCCUCUGUCGGACAGAAUGGUGGUCUUCCUCCACGCACUACAUAGUAACAUGACGUCUGUCAUGAUCCUACCACCGGAGCAACUGCUUGCAGCGCUGACUCUUCGAUGGGUACUUUUUACCGUUCAAUCUAGAGCCUUGCGCAACGGGGCCAGUAAGGAACGGGAAAAGGAGCGUUGGACUAGACACGAGGCGCAGGCAUUUCUCUUGUCUUUCGUGCCGUCUGCAUCUAGAACCCUAUCCACCACUUCUGUGAAUGAUGAAAACAUACUUCUUAUGAACCGCAGUAUUCAGCUUACCGCCCAGGCUUUAACAGCGCUCGAAGCUAUUCACCAGUUGUCACAAGUACUCCUUUUGUCAGAUCGAGUCCCCUGCACGGUACACAAAUUCUCUGGCCAAAAUUUUCACUCCCUUUUAAACAGACCGGGUACCUUGGGCACAGGUAUCGUGCCAGAUGGUCUGUGGAUGGCUUGCGUGGAAGGUUUAGAGGAUGCUUUUGCAGAAGAAAGAAGAAAGAAAACGAAAACGAAAAAGGGUAACACAGGAAGGGAACAGGUGGACUCGUUGGGAGGUCCUCAGCAAAGAGCUGUGAAAUAUAAACUUCCCGGAGUAGGAAUGUAUGGGUUAUUAGGCAGUGUUGACACGUAAGCGCGUAAGCUGUCACUGGCGGUGGUUAAUCACUAGUAUUGUGUGAUGUGUUAAAAUCCAUAUGUUGUCGCUGUUAACACAAUCCGUUAUACCUGUAA